CAUUCGCAGUGCCCGCCGUUUCAAGUGCGUGACCAGCAAGUCGUUGUCGUGUUGACAUGACAGGAUCUCGUUGAAGGGGGGAAAAGCCGCCACGCACGCUGCUGGUGGAACUACAGGAUCUCCCCCACAGGUCGCCGUGAGUGAAAAGUCUGCAGGAAUGAGCGACUCCAGCCCUUCUCCGCCGUGCUCUGUCUCCUCCGUCAACAAGACGAAAAAACUCACCAAUCUUCCUCCCAGUUCCUCGGCCGCCAUGAGCCCCCCCCCGUUGAACGAGGAAUCGUUGAAGCGAGGCCGGAAAGAGAGCGAGCAGAGGCGGCGAGUUCUCAUGAACCAGUACUACGAUGAACUUGUCAUUCUGCUGUCGAUGGUCAGCGAGCGGACCAUCCCCAAGAAGAUGGACAAGGCGUCCACUCUACACGAGGCUGUCCGCUGCCUCCGGAUAUACGCUGAGCUGACUCCACCCGGGAAGACCCCUCUCCUGAAACCGAAAGGGAAGAGCAAGAAAGGAGGGAGCAAGGUGGCUAAAGACCUUGGAAUUGAGGGGCUCUACCCUCACCUCAUCUCGUCGGGGGAGGCACUUCAGUCGUUCCUGGACGCCCACGACACGUUCCUCAUCCUGGUGUCUGAUAGCGGACACAUUCUGUACGCCACUGAGCUCAUCACGGCACUCCUGGGCCACAUGCAGACACGGCUAGUCGGACAGAACAUCUUUGACUACAUCCUCGAGUCAGAGAAAGCACUUCUCCUGGACAUGUUUGAUCCCGGUGACGCCACGCCUUCCCUCCUCACCCCGCCCAAUGGGAAGGUCCUGUCGUACCCCGUUCGCUCUCUCCACUGCCAUUUCAAGCUGUACACCGGGGAGACGGGUAGUCUGACCCAGCAUCUCCCGUUCACAUGUCUCUCCUACCUCCGUCGCUGGAAGGACACCGACGAACCCGGCUCCCCUCCGAUGAGUCCGUUUAUGGAGCUAAACAACAGCGGAGGAGGAGGAGAAAAUGAGAGUUUCCCUCUUCCAGGAGGUGGAGGAGGGUUGGUUAACCCUUGGCAGCAAUCGUAUGUCGUCCUACUCGGAAAACUUCCCACCAAUCUCACUCUCCUCGAUCUCCCGCUCGGUGUCAACGACGUCAACUUUAAUUUCGAUAUGCGUGUGAGUAAGAAGGGUAACAUCAUCAACGUCGACAGUCACGCCGUUCUCGUCCUCGGCUUCACCGUAUCGGAGAUUGUCGGCUCUCAUUUCUUUGACUACGUCGACCCCUACCACCUCCUGGACGUGGGGGAACGUAUGGGAGACAUCUACACCAACACACGGGGUUCCACAAACCCCUACCGCUUCCAGACCAAAGGCGGGCGCUACGUGUGGCUCCUCUCUAAGGGGUAUCUCUCGUACAACCCCUGGAAUCAUAAGCCCGAUCACAUUCUCCUCUCCAGUCGGGUGCUCGGUUGCGACCACGUCGUCCCCGAGUUUCGUUUCUUCCGUAGUCGCUCCCUCCUUCCCGACGUGGGUGGCGGGGGUGACCUUUACGACCCUCCGCCGCUGAGCCAGAAGGCCCCACCUCCUCCAAAGUUGCCACCUCACUCUCUGUUGCAGACGGGCAUCACUGCUGCUCUGUUUGACUCCCCGUCCAUCUUGUCUCCGCUACUGCAGGACGAUUACCUGUCGGAGUCCUCAGCCUCCAUUCCACAACAACAACAACAACAACAACGGCAACAACAACAACAGCACGUAAAGCCAGAGUCAGCUUCAGCUACAGCCUCCACUAGGCAGUGUGGAGUACAGCCGGGUGGGAGAGGUGUGGGGAAGGCUCCAUUAAGCACCACCCAGGCUCAGCAGACCAGGGAGCCACCGAGUGUUAACCCUCCUCCCCAAGAGAUACAGGAGCAGUCGCGCGAUCAAUCUCAACAGCAGCAAGGCCACAACAUGGGGGCGAACCUUCCCCCCAACCUCCUCAUCGACUUCCGGCAGGAGAUUGAGAAGAAGAACAACGAGCUGUUUGACAUGCAGCGCCGGCUGCUCGAACAGCAGAUGCUCAUGGAGCGAGAACGAAACCAGUUUUACCAUGUGGCGCAGCAAGUCAUGCAGUGCAUCGGGACCGGGACCUCUGGGGGCUCUGCUCUCAAUCCUAACCUCCGUCCCUCCGGAUUUCCCAUGCAGACAGAUCACGCGAGACCCAACUCCCAGGACACUACUCCAGACCCUUACAGUUUCCUGUCGUCCAUGGGACCUCCUUCGUCGCAAAACAAGCCGCCUGCGACCGGCCCCCCGACAUCAGGGGGGUUCCCCCAGCAGUUCCCCACGACGACCAGCUCUGAGGUGAAUCCGUUUACAGUGCUCAUGCAGUCGAGGAAACCGACAGGGAUCGAUAGUUCGCCGUACUCGAUGUUCCUUAGUCAGUCGUCUGUCGGAAUGCUCGGACAGGGCAUGGGAAAUGCGUUGGGCCAGCAACCGCAGUGGCAGGCGGGCAGCGUUCCAGCCCAAGCCUCGACAAACGCUCAACAACACCAGCAGGCACCGAAACAGGGCGGGUCUCACCCAAACAAGCCCACCUCGGUCGAUAAUAAUCCCUAUUCAAUGCUACUCGGUCAGGCACCGGGAGGUCUCAGGGGAAGCAUUGGUUCAAUACCUCAACAGCACCAUUGGCCUCUUUCCAUACCAGAUCCCCUGCAACAACAGCAACAGAGCCAACUGUCUGUCGUGGGACAAGGCUGGGGCGGUCAUACCCAGGAACACCAUCUCCAGAGGCAAGACAAGUCAGCGGGUAUGACGGCCGAGAGCAGGAGAAGUAGCACCGCAGCAUCGAAUCCUCCCUACACGUUGCCGUCAGCCGAGCAGUUGAUGGGAGCUGUUGGACAGAGAUCGAGUGGACAGUUUCAGCAGCGGGGCUGGCCACCUAGUACUGCGCAGCAACACGGGUGGCCUGCAAAAGCAACAUCCGCGCAGCAAGACCCUCAGUGGCCGGGGAAGGCAGGACCCCCUUCUCAAAGACAAGAACAACAGCAGCCACAGAAACCAAAGUCUGCAGCAAGCACCACGGGAGAUACUAACUCGGCAUACUCGAUGCUUCUUCAGGGCAGAGGUGGUUCCAUUUUCCAACAACAAAACUGGGGAGGCAGUGUACCAGCCUCAUCAAACAGCUCCCAGCAACCACAACAUUCGCCACAGCAGAACCAAUCGCAGACUAAACCGAGCCAUCGCUCCAACUCUAUACAGGGCAACCAACAGCCCCCCCUCCCUCGCCCCCCAACGUAUUAUCCCCCCUCCUCCACCACCACAUCCACACUACUCCAAACGCACUUCGCGGGGCUGGCCUCGCAGCUGAAGAUGACGUCAUUCACACCGAACCUUCCCUCCAAUCUCAACCCCCACACCCCCUCCUCCCCACAGCACUCGCAGCAACCAGAUUCACUUCCCAUGAGACUCCCAAGCGACGAAGAGAUUCAGAAUCUUCUCGACAACAUUCAGAUGAAGUGCUCCAGCACAUCUAUUCCCGGUCUGGAUCCACCCGAUUACCCCUGAGCCCUGAGCUGCAAUGACUCUGCAUCUAUCUCUAUCAUAUCAUAUCACUUGUGUCUGGCCUAGCCUCUCUCUCUCUCUCUGUGUGUGUGUCUCUAUCUGGUCUUUGCUCUCAGCACACAAUCACGCCUAUGUACAUAUUUAUCCCAUUUUGUACCUGGUGCGCUUCAAUUGGAAUUUUUGCCAGUAAACGGCGAGGUUGCGGUCUCAACUUCUCGCCGCGAACCUUUUUGCGACCAAAACUCGGGCAUUGGCCGGUGAUCGUGGCUUGUUAAGAACGUUUUCUUCCACCGGUUGCGUUGGGAGAGGAGUUUUCACUAGCCAGCCAGGAGGGAGGAGUGCGAGAUAUAACUGUGUGAAAGGAAUGUAUGGUUUGCUGGUGGUGGCAGCUGUUCUCCACCCGUGCAUUGCUCCUCCCGCCGCAAACGCUCCCUCCUGUGCCCUCUACAACGACUCCCCGGUGGGCGUGGUCUGUUUCCAGGGCGACGACCUCACCACCGCCAUAGCAACUGGAGGGACUGGCUGGCUCGUGGAGUUCUACAGCAGUUGGUGUGGCCACUGUCAGCACUUGGCGCCGACGUGGAAAAAACUUGCUGAAGAUGUCGCCGGAUGGUCCCCAGUGGUAAAACUGGGAGUCAUCGACUGUUCGGCUAAGCAGAGCUACUCCACGUGCACAGACUAUGGUGUUCAUGGCUACCCCACCAUGAGAUUUUUCCAGCCCGGAGGAGACCCUAAAUCCGCUACAGACAAUUACCACGGCUCGCGGGAAGUGGAGGAUGUACAAGAGGCAAUCAUCAAUCGCCUGCAGUCGUGGGAGGGCCCUUUUGCAGCAAAAUGGCCGCAUUUCCAACCGUUGGAAGGGGAUCAUCUUCUCGCAAUACCAGGCAAAGAUUGGACACCAGCUGCACUCAUCUUUGAGGACCAAGACUCAUUUGUCGGAAGAAAGUUGAUGCUGGAUCUCCUGGACCUGAGAGAGCUCCAGGUCUACAGAGUACUGCCCAGUAAUCUACAUCUAGUCAACCACUACUCUAUACUACAGUUCCCAUCCCUGGUCGUAGAGUCCAGAAAACACGACUACAUGGUUAUUCCCGGACACUCCCUAGCUGACCCCAGGAGAGAUUUUGCCGAGGCCGUCAGAAAACACUUCCGGAACAUUCCACGUGUUGUCUCCAUGGCAACCUCCUCCAGCCCGCCUCCCCGCGGAGCCGACAGUCAGGACACCGUGCAACGACCUGACCUACAGGACGAGGAGGCAACAGAGGCUCUGUCAGUGCCAAUCAUACCCAAUAGAGUUGAUCCAGUAGACGUGCUGGGUGCAGUGUCCUACAUAUUCCGUAGGGAGGUUCCCCUCCAGUCGACUGUGAGUGGGCCUGCCUUCACUGCCCUCCUCAGAUUCACCCACCUACUGGAGGAUGCCUUGACGGGGGCCUAUCCUGCAGCUGGGCCCAGCCUGUCUCUGGUGAGGUCAAGACUGGAGACCCGAAUGUCUGCUGGUUUCAUAACCACCCGAGACUGGACCAGAUUAAUAGACACGAAGUUGAACAAGUCUCUCUUCCCCGUCAAACCAGAGUGGGCCAACUGUUGCGGGAGCCAGUCUCACUACCGAGGCUACCCCUGUGCCCUUUGGACCCUCUCUCACACCCUCACAACCCUCACACUCCCCACCUCCUCACCCGCCCACACACACCCCUCCUCACGCUCAAAACACUCGUUUCGCAGCAAAGAAGCUCUGCGAGUGGUUUCUCAGUUUCUGGCGAUUUUCUUCUCCUGUGAACACUGCCGGGAGCAUUUCUCAGACAUGUCCCGGUCGCUGGAGGAAGGAAAAGUGGCCUAUGAUGGCGACGCAGUACUGUGGCUGUGGGAGGCGCACAAUAGGGUCAAUAGACGGCUGGUAAAGGACAUCAGUUCGGAUCCUCUCUACCCAAAAAGGCUCUUCCCCUCCCAAAAUCGCUGCCCCUACUGUUACACACCACUGUCGACUGUUUAUUUGUCUGGUGCAGCUCGUCAGGGGGGCGUGGUGACUCCACCCACACCCACCUGGUCCAACACAGGUUUCAGGUCUCGCUCCGAGAGCCUACUUCCUCCGCCUGACACGCCCCCCGACCGGAAAAACCUGUUUUUCGGCUGGAACAGAACGGCCGUGCUCAUCUACCUCUGGAACCACUAUAGUUGGAACCACACCCACAACAUCACACAUAGGCAAGUGUUAGAGGCCGCAUGGCCGAAACUGUUUACCAGCCGUCGUCCGUUUGACCUUCGAACCCAGAGCCACCCCGGACUGGGGUUAACUCCGUACGACAUGGGACUGUGUGUCAGUUACUAUAUUCUCUGUGGGGGGCUGAUGGUUGUCGUGGGGUAUUGGAUCCUGCGAAGGCGGCUACGGCACCGUCGAUCGUUUCUACAUCCCUGACAUUCGACCAAUGAGAUUAGAGCAUCUUCAUUUUGAACACUACCCUUGGUUUAGUGGGCGUGGCAGUCUCAUUCCAUGCCACUAUUAUAUUGGAAUAUGUUUUUGAACGUGUAUUAUAUCAUUUAUUAGGAGUCACUUUUUUUAACACAGCCAACAGCCAACACAGUGUAUAUAGUAAUGUUUGCCAGUGAAGUGAGCCACCACCAAGUCAUAUUAUGAAUACAGUAGUAUGCAAUGAGAAAACCUUCAUG